AUGCCUCACGAUUGGUUGGAAGGGUUUCAGUUUAACCAAUCAGUUUGCCAGAGUAGGGGGUGGCUAUAUCUCCGCCGCCGCCUGAGGAAUGUCAACUAUUCAACAUGGAGACGGCGGUUACCAGGCUUGAGACCAUGGUCUCCUCCAGCUCUAUGGAGGAAAUGGGCCUUCCUUAAACUCAAAUUACAGUUCCAGAAGGCAGAAUCUGAUCUGGAUUACGUUCAACACAAAUUGGAGUUUGAAAUAAUGAAAAACCUUCCUGAUAAUCCAUCAGCAGAGGAAAAUCCAGUGACUCUCUUAGAGAAACUCUCAGUAGUGAAGUCACGUUAUAAAAUGUUAUGUGCACAGCUGGAAGAAAUUUCCAAAGAGCAAAGAGAAUCUAUGAGCUGUAUUCAUGCUACUCUAGAAAACACUAUGAAGAUGGUGCAGGCACUACAGCGACACGCUGAUCUUGAGCUUUCACCUCUGUCUGAAGAAGAACAGAGUGCAGAACAACAGUUAGCGUGUAAAACUGUUAAAGGAACAGAUCCACCAAUGGAAGAGCCACUGUGUUCGGUGUCUACAGUUCCUAUUCCAGAUGGGGAACCACACUUCAAACCCGUGACUAAGGAGAUGUUUAUGGCUGUACCAAGGAUUAUCAGAAGUACUGUUAAAUUAGUGGACCUGAACAGCUUUUACAGGGAAUUAUUUAACUACUUUGUUCUAAAUGGGAACAGAGCAGCAUUGAGUGUUGCACAGAUGAACAAGAUGAAUAUGAAAGCCACCAAUUCCAGGCUACAAAUCCUGAAAGAACUUUCCAUUGUAGAAAUUGACAAACAAGGAAAUGCUAAGUUAACUGUGUAAAUUUAAGCCUAAAUGAACUAAUCAUAUUUUGAUAAAAGGAAUUUGGGUGCAGCUCCUGGCGUAUUGGAAGGCAAAUAGUUCUCUGUUUAUAAAAAUGAUGCAUGUGAAAAUUUGUUGUUAAUGUGACUGUAUUAGGAUUCUCUUUGUAAUACCGAAUUGUGAAUUAAAAACCAUAUAACAA